AUGUCAAAACGCGUAGCAGACGGACAAGGUGGCUCAGAAAGAUACGGCGGUAUGGAGGAUCCCCGCGAUGCAGCAAUGGACCCACCGCGCAAGGCCACAGCUGCUCAGUUGGCAAAGCGCAACAUCAAACCCCUCAAGGGACGUCCCGGCGCAUCCAGAUCUGCUUCACCGUCCAAGGCCAGUCCUUCACCUGGCUUCCCUAACCCCUUCGGCGGCGCCGACAGUAACCCUUUCGCACAAAGCGCUCCUGCUCCACCAGCUGCUGCCAGCUUCAACUUCGGCCAGACAACUGCCCAACCACAGAGCAAUCCUUUCGGAAACAUGUCGACAUCACAGAGCUUCCCGCCGAACGCUCCUACAAACAACAGCACAUUCUCCUUCGGCCAGUCACAGCCGUCUAGCGCUCCUACCUUUGCGCCUCCUCAAGCUUCCAGCUUCAACUUCGGUGCAUCAACACCCUCUGGCACAUCCUUCAGCUUCGGCGCAUCACCAGCCAAGCCGUCGCAGAACGGUGACGCCAACAAGGCUCCUUCAUUCACAUUCGGCUCGACACCUGCCUCGCCCGGUCCUUCGGCUCCUGCAUCACCUGCACCUGCUUUCAACCCCUUCUCCAGCAUGUCGGGACCCUCGUUUGGUAGCACUGAACAGCCUAUCAGUGCAGCUGAGAUCAGCGAGAUUGAAGCGGCCGGUCCUCGCCUGACCCAAGAGGGCAAGCUUGAGCAGCUCGCUAACAUUGUGCGUCAAAGCGACCCUAAGUACAAGGAUGCCAGCCUUGCCGGUCUCAACCUAUCAACCCUCCCACCUGCAGUGCAAAGGAAACUUCUCGACUUUGUGCGCAACAAGCCCGAAACACCCGAAGCUCCCAAGUCUUCCUUCUCGUUCUCAUCCACCGCACCCGCCCCCACUGCCUCGACGUCUUUCAACUUCGGUGCAUCCACCGCUUCUACUCCCCCAGCCAGCCAACCCGAGGCACAGUCAUCGCCUUUCAAGAGUUUCGGCGCGACUCCCGCUCCAGCAUCCCCCGCGCCUACCUCUGGCUUCAAGUUUGGCAGUACUGCUGAGCUGGCCAAGAAGGACGACACUCCGGCUACCACUUCCUCCUUUGGUGGUUUCGGUGCUUCCAAGAAGGAUGAGACACCUGCAAAAGCUCCGUCAACAGCCUUUAACUUCGGAAGUCCUGCCGCUUCGCCUGCACCCGCACCCUCGACUUCGUUCAGCUUCGGUGCUUCAACAGCUGCACCAGCUUCUCCAGCUCCAGCUUUCAACUUUGGUGCAGCUGCUGAGAAGAAGGAUGAAACACCUAAGCCGGCAGCAUCUGCUUUCAACUUUGGCGCUUCAACAACCUCUGCUGCCCCCCCAUCGCCCAAGCCGGCUGAGAAGAAGCUUCCCUCCCCAUCAUUCUCCUUUGGUACACCUGCCGCUUCUAAACCCGCUGAGGAAGUGUCCUACCCCAGCCUGAGUGGCGCUUCCUCGCAAGAGUCGUCUGCCGCACCCAAACCUUCUUUCAGCUUCGGUCAGACCGCGGCUCCUGCUGCUUCCUCGCCAUUCAAGCCUGCCACUACACCUGCUGCAGUAGAAUCACCUAAACCUCAGAACGCUGGCCUGGGCAAUUCCAUGUUCGGCAACUCGCCCGCUCAGCAGAAGCCUGCCGAAUCUGCCUUCAAGGGUUUUGGUGCUUCUACCCCUGCCCCUGCCCAGCCGAGCGCACCAAAGCCUGCCUUCAACUUUGGUUCGUCUGUUAGCGCACAAACGUCUGUUGCUCCUGCUAGGUCCGAGCCUCGUGCAAGCAAUGCAUUGUCCGCACCUACUGCCUCGGGUGUCGCUACUCCCCCAGCCUCUCCUCAACUUCCACCUACCGAGAUGGAGUCUGCUUUGCUUAAGCAGCUCAACGAGUCUCUGCGCACUUACCUCACAUCAGCCGAUGCUUCCUUGGAUUGGAGUGCCGUCAUGCGCUUGUACCUCGAACAAGCUGCCGAGAUUCGUUCCGAUAACAGCGGAGCUCCUUCCACAGCAUCCAUCACCAGCUCAAGCGAGCCUAAGUUGAUUACUGCUCCAUUGGCUGCUUCGAGCACCCGUGGCGAGAAGCGUGUCGCUGAUGAGGAAGUCACAAAAGAAGAUGACCACAGUAAGCGUGCCAAGCAGGCAUCUACCCCCAGCAAGCCCACCUUCGCCCAGUCUACCAUGAAUUCCGCAUCACCUGACAAACCUCUAUCCAAAACUGCUUCUUUGUUCAGUGACAUUUUGGACAAGCCCGAGACACCCAAGUCCACAAAUGUCUUCUCAGCUUCCGCGGACAAGACCCCUGCUCCUCCCGCUACUGCUCCUCAAGUCAAGUCCAACCCCUUCGGCGCUAUUGCUCGCAACGUCUCUGCUACUCCUGCGCCCAGCACUCAGAAGACUAGCUUCGUCCCUCCCGCUACGGCUCAAGCACCGUCAUCAUCCAACAAUGGAACAUCUGCACCAUCGCCUUUCCAGAUUCCUAAGUUCGGCAGCGGCUCCACUUCUUCGACUGCACCUACAUCUGGCUUCCAGGUUCCCAAGUUCGGCGGUGGCUCUUCUACUACCACCACACCCAGCUUCCUUGGCUCAUUUGGUGCAAAGGCUGCUGAGCAGGAGGCCAAGGAACGUGAGAAGCGCAAGGAAGAGGACAUGGAUUCUGACGAAGAUGAGGAAGAAUGGGAGAGGAAGGAUGCUGAGAAGCAGGCCCAGAAGAAGGCUGAGCUCUUGGCUGCCAGCCAGUCUCUGAAGUUCAGCUUUGACACUUCCAAGAAGCCCACCAGCUCUGCCUCGGCUGUCUUCUCAUUCAGUGGCGCACCCUCAAACACCUCUUCAUCCUCCAACAUCUUUGGCAACCUUUCUGGUAGCAAGCCUGAUGAUGAGGACGAGGACGGUGAUACCGAUGAGGAUGAGGACGUUCAUGCUGCUCUGACUAACGCAACCCCUGCUAAGCCCACGGCUGGCAAGAGUCUCUUCGAACGUGUUUCCUUUGACGCUGACAAGGAGAAGACUUCCGACACACCUAGCGCUUCCUUCAAGUUCAGCUCGUUCGGUAGCUCCGGCGCUGCUGACAACACUUGGAAGGGUAGCGAUGGUAUCAAGUUCGGUGCUAGCACAGUUACUGCUGGUACUACUACUCCUGAUGGAUCACCUGCUAAGGCUCCUGCCCCUAAGUUCAACUUUGGUGCUGCCUCACAACCAGCUGAGAAGUCGUCUCCCUUCAGUGGAAUGGCCGCUGCUAAGCCAUCACCAACCGGUAGUGUCUUUGAUGCUGCAAAGCCUUCAGCACCGACCACUGGCUUCUCGUUUGGUGGUGCCGCUCCUUCGACUCUCGCACCUCCUUCAGGAUCAUCUGUCUUUGCCUCAGCUGCCACUUCUCGCGCCACUACUCCUGGCGCCACCACCACCGAUGCCGAAGGUAGUGCCGCCGAGUCAGAGCCCAGUGAUACUCCCAACGAUGUGCAGAAGGACUUGACCUCUCUUACCGCCGACGAUAUUGCCAAGUACGAUCUCAUCCACGAAGCACGCUGUAAAGUGACGAAACUUGUCAAGAGCGAUGACGACAAGCCCGCCACAUGGGUCAGCCAAGGUGUUGGUCCCAUCCGUGUCCUCGCCUCCAAGGAGAACUCCAAGCCUCGUAUUCUCAUGCGCGCCGAUCCAUCAGGCAAAGUUGGCUUGAACUUCAACGCCCUGCUCAACCCUGCAUUGUAUAUGAUCAAGGCUCCCAAGAUGGUACAAUUGAGUGUUCCUACUGAGGGCAAGAAGGUCGAGUCCUUCAUGUGCAUGUUCAAGGAUGGUGACAAGGCAAAGGAGUUCUUGGAAAAGCUUCACGGAGCAAUUGCCAAAGCUCAAGGUUAG